AUGGCCACUGUGAAUCAACAACAUUCAGGUCAUCGCUGGAUGCUUGAAGCAUUAAAAUUAGCACAAAAUGCACUAGAUAAACAAGAAGUUCCUAUUGGUUGUGUAAUUAUUCAUAAUGACACAAAAAUACUUGCAUCAGGUCAAAAUGAACCUGUUCGACUUAAAAAUGCUACAAGACAUGCUGAAAUGUGUGCACUUGAUUCUCUUUUUGCUGAAUAUGAUCUUUCAACUGCACGAAAACUUCUAUCUGAAUCAGUUCUCUAUGUUACUUGUGAACCUUGUAUGAUGUGUGCCGGUGCAUUACGUCUUGCUGGUUUAACACAAGUUAUCUAUGGAUGUUCAAAUGAUCGUUUCGGUGGUUGUGGAUCUGUAUUAGAUAUUGCACAAGAUCCAAUGCCUGAUACAUUACCUUUACAAUGUACAAGUGGAAUUGAAGGUGAUGAAGCAAUGCGUUUAUUAAAAUCAUUUUAUAUGAAUACCAAUGUAAAUGCACCACAACCGAAAGAUAAAUCUAAAAGACUUAAAAAAACACCUGUAACAUCUGAAUAA